AUGCCAGCCGCUUUCACGCCGCCCGGAACACGAACCCUCAGUGUGCUACAAUCCGCGGGCAUACCGUACUGGACCAGUCCCCCACCAUUCCUACCGCCAUUUGCAGACCCAACCAACACCAACACCAAUAACAAUAACAACAACAACGUCCCGGCUCCCUUCCAAACAGACCCGAGUGACCGUUCCGACGGCACAAACCUGCCUCCCGGCAUCAUCGCCGCCAUUGUCGUCCCCAUUUUCGCCUUCUUUCUGCUCGUGACCGGCCUCUUCGCCUUCCUCCACUACCGCAGACAGAAAGCGAAGAGGGAUGAGAUCGCCAGGAAGGAAGAGGGCGCCUCCGCCUCGGCCGACCACGUCACGGUCUCGGGAGCACUCGAUCCGCCGCCGCCAUACGACGAAGUCCACCAUGCGAGCCCUCGUGCAGAAGGGGAGCGGCGAUGGGAACAUCACAGCGAUGUCAGUGGCAGCGAGGAGGAGGAGGAUUCGGAAGCGAUGGGGUCUCAUGCGACAAUCACAGAUGGGUUGGACCCGGGGAGGCACCGUGACCGCAGCGAGGCGAGUUUUCCGAUCAUUCCGGGCUGCGGCAUCAUAUAA